AUGUCUAACUCAAAACCACUAACCGAUGUUACUAACAUCAAAAAUCACAACCUACGCAAUCGUACCGUGUUUGUAAAUCCUAUUUCUUAUUAUAAACAACCUAGUAACCCGACAACUGAACUGUUAGAACAGUUCUUUAGUUUAUAUAACGCUCGCUUGGCAACAAGCUGUGAUUUUUUCGUGUGGAGGAUCCUCAACGAAAUUGGGUUGCCAAUAAAUGACAAACGAGUCGAAAUGGGUACUUUUUUGACCACUGUAAAGAAAUUUAUGACUCAAGACAAAUGGAGCAAAGUAGAAAUACAAUAUAACUUAGAG